CUGAUUUGGCAGGCCGCAAAUUAUCAAUCACAAACAGCACACAGAUGCAGCUCUGAUCAAUAAUGACAACAUCUCGAGGCUGACAAUAAUGUGUUUUUGGGGUUUUAAGUGGGGUGAUGUUAAGUGUUAAAACAGAAAAAGGAAGGACAGGAAAAAAUGUCCUACAAAACAAUAUUGUCAGUGAGUAAACUACAAAUGAUGCUCAAACAGAAAAUCAUACAGAGACACAUCAUGCAAAGAAAUCAAACAGGAAGUUAGACUUUCUGAGAGUAAGAGCUAACAGGAUCCGAACUAUUAAGACUGUGGACCGUGUCCACUGCCACAUAAAAUAGAAGCGGGUCACUAGUGAAUGAAAACCAGUCAUGAGGGUCCACUUAUAUCUUUUCAUCUUUAUGAUUCAUUUCAGUACAGGCUGUAUUGUUUCAGAUGUGCAGCAGACAAUAAUAAUAACAGGAUACACGGGUGGUUCAGUUGUGCUGCCCUGCUCCUGUGCUGACCCUCAGUCUACAGUCACAACAUUCAACUGGGAGUUUCAGCGGGGAAAUCAAUGGAUUCAAGUAUUUCAAAAUGAGAAAUACAGCGGCAGACAUGAGCUGUUUAAUGAACAUUCUCCAACAAAUCUGUCUCUUCUCAUUUCUGACCUCAGAAUGAAUGACAAGGGAUACUAUAAAUGUCUGACUAAACCAAAUAGUAUCACACAUAUUGAAUUAAAUGUUAAAGGGUGUGAUUUGGUUGAGAACAGAAAGACAUUAUCAGUGACUGGAUACUCAGGAGAGUCUGUGGCUCUGCCCUGUUUCUGCACUGAACUACUGGCUAAACCUGAAAAGAUGCAAUGGAAUUAUUUAACUGAAAACAAUUAUAAAGAAAUCUACCCAAAGGAACAGAUUGAGAAUUACAAGAAAAGACUCAAACUGUUAAAUCCAAACACUCCAGGAGAUCUUUCUCUACACAUAUCAGCACUGAGGACAGAGGACCGAGGGGAAUAUCAGUGUGUCUCAUCUGAGCAAGUAGUCGGCUUCAGACUUACUGUACUACAACCUGAAGAUGUUUUCAUUCUGGGAGUGUUUUUCUCAGUGCUUCUACUGGCAUUUCUGGUAUUUAUAUUAUGGAGAUACAGAGGAGGCAGAAAUGAUAAAAAGGAGACCUCUGAUGGUGAAGAGCUAAAGAGAGAACAAGACAAUCAGGACGACGUGAUGUAUUCUUCGGUAGUUCACGUUAAAACAGCAUCCAAAGCAGCUCUCACACACAGUGACCCAUUAGAGCUCACGGAGUAUGCUUCUGUCAACAUUAAGUGCUAAAAGAACUGAGUACUGCAGAGGGACUGAAACCACUGUUCACUUUGUCACCUAGUUUUCCGUACUCUUAAUUUGAAAAGAAAACCUAUUCAUUGUUAGGAGGACUUUUUAUGUGACUUUAAAGCAGAUCAAGAUGAUUACACAGCAGGACUCAACAACUGAGGGAGCUGUGUUGCCUGUUUCUAUUUUCAGAUGUAAGCACUGACACUAUGUGCAUACACUUUCAAGUUAUCACACAAAGUGACAAACCAUAGUGUGUUGGGUUUGGUGGUUCACAUAUUUUAGCUUUAAAAUCAAUGAUUAUUGAUUUUAUAGUGAACAAUUCAACUAUUGAUAUUUUUUCCCUUUUUUGUACACAUAAUAUUUAAAGGAGUCAUUGACUGUUUUUUUUUUCUUUCUUCUAGGCUUGAUUGUGUUCAUGGGGUGCAGUCUAACGUAUUAAUACUUAGUUUUUAAAAAAUGCAUUAUUUUUCACAUAAUUUUCCUUUAUUCUACACAGCUAUCCUAUCCUUAUGCUAUAAACAUGCUGAAGAUUUCCUGCUUUUAUGAAGCCCCUCCCUCAGAAAUACACAAUGGCUCAGAUUGGUCAGCUGGCCCAGUGUGUUGUGAUUAGCUAAACCACCAGUGCUCAGCGCAUGUGCUCCAGUUGUAUUGUAAAUUAAUUUGAGCCUGAUUGAGACCCAGAUAAUAUUAGUGAAGCGGAUUGUGCAAGCACAGCUCUUAUCGGCAUGUUUUUUGUUUGUUGUUCUCUCAUACUUUUAUUGUGGUAAAUAAACAAAGUUCUGUAAGAAACUCUGGAUUGCUUGUAAUAAAGA